AUGCUUUCUCUCCUCUCGCUCUCCUUGCUCGCCACAGCGGCGUUGGCCGACUGGAGCGGCAACGUCAACUAUGGCAGUCCUUCGUACCUACACCCGGCCCUGGGACUCUCAAUGCCAAAGGUGGUCAAAAGGCACUCUGGCAAUGCGUCGUACAUGGACCCGGCAUCCCUCUCCUUCACGCAUGGUGUAGCAUCUGGGGACCCAUAUCCUGACAGUGUUAUCCUGUGGACUCGAGCGGCGCCCAUGAUGGACAAUGACAGGAGCAACGUGACCGUCGAGGGCACAGUGCCGCUCUACAACCACGACACGAAGGAGUACGUUCGUGCCAGCUCCUCCCCAGUCUGCUUGACCUACGAAGUGGCCUCGGACAGCCACAUGAUGGACGUCGUUACCUCUGGAAAGGCCUAUACUUCCUCGGACAUCGACUACACCGUCAAGGUGGAAGCCGGCGGUCUUGAGCCAUUCACUCAGUACUACUACCAAUUCUGCGUCUGCGGUAGCAACAACAAGAGCCCUCUCGGCAGGACGAAGACUGCACCAACUGCAGAUGACGACACUGCCAACGUCGGAGUUGCUGUCUACUCUUGCUCCAACUUUCCCAACGGAUUUUUCAACUCGUACGGCAACGCUGCUCGUAAGGAUGAUGUCGACUACGUGAUCCAUCUCGGGGAUUACAUCUACGAAUACAACACCACUAGCGAGAAGCGUGUUGUUCAGCCUGAGGUGGAGAUCCACACGCUGUACGAUUACCGUAGGCGUCUGGCUACUUAUAGGACGGAUGAGGAUCUGUUGCUGUCGCACAGCAAGUUUCCCUGGAUCCCAGUAUGGGACGACCACGAAGUCUCGAACAAUGGGUACAGAGACGGCUCCUCAGGGAUGAACAACACCGAAGACUCAUUCGAGAUGGCUGGAGGCGUAAGCGUGGACCAGCGCAAGAUGAACGCUGUACGAGCCUACUUUGAGUGGAUGCCGAUUCGACAGGUCGAUAUGGACAACAAUCUGAGGAUCUGGCGCUCCUUCUCUAUUGGCACUCUGUUUGAUUUGAUUAUGCUUGACACGAGAAAUUACGACCGUUCGAUCACGACGCUCGGCUGGAAUGACGAAUAUGUCAAGGACAUCUCUAACGAUGCUGGAAGGACGUUGAUGGGCAGUGACCAGGAGAACUGGUUCUACCGCAGUCUCGUCGAAUCGAACGAGCGAGGCGCUACCUGGCGAUUAAUCGGCAGCCAGAUCGUCUUUAGCAGAAUUAACCAGACCGCGUCCUGGGCCACUCUCGACUUGCCACUCAACUACGACCAAUGGGACGGCUACAUGGCAAACCGAAACCGCACGCUCAAAACCCUCUACGACAAUAACAUCUCCAACAACAUCAUGCUCGCCGGCGACUCCCACGCCAAUUGGGUCUCCGACCUCGUCUGGCUCGACGAAAAACCCUACAACCCCUCCACCGGCUCCGGCGCCCUGGGCGUCGAGUUCGGCGGCACCGCAGUCUCCUCGUCCGGCCCCUGCGAUGAAGACGAACCCAUCAGCGCUUGCAACGAGAUCUCCCGCGGCUUGAUCCGGGAUAACGAGGAACUGCAGUGGAACGAAGGUUGGUAUCGCGGGUACUUUGAAUUGCACAUCAGCAAGGAGAAGAUUGAUGCGCGGUUCUUUGGGACGCCGAGUUUGCAGACGCGGAACGGGUAUGAGGUCUCUUUGGCGAAUUUCACGGUGGUGGAUGGGGCGAAUAAAUUGAGUAGGCCGGUCGGUGGGGGGUUAGUGCAGGAUGGUGCGUUGCAGGGGGGAAAUGUUUCGGGGUCGAAGGUCACGGUUGAUACGAAUGAUGGGAGGUGGUUCGUGCAUAAUUUCACGAGGGUGACGCUUGAGACGACUUACUAG